UAAGUUUUCUGCGACCUCUCCGGCGGCGUCGCCGUUUCCCCUAUUCCCCUUCUAGCCUUCGAACCCUCCUCCCCGGCCGUUUCCCUCGCCGCGGUGUCCCGACCUCCGUAGUCCCUUCUCUCUUUCUCUCUCUCUCCACCCCCCUAUCCCCUACAUCGAGAGGUCUUGAAGGCGCCAUGGACGACGACGACGAGAUGGAGGAGGCAUACGAAGAAGGGGUCUUUCUUGGGUUCGAGAUCGAUCUCGACUACGAGUUCGACGCUGCGCGGUACUUUGACCUCGGCCGGGCGGAGACCCCGGCGGACUCUCGCGCAGCCGAGCUCUGGUUCGAGACCGCCGGGAGCUACCCUCCCUCCCCACUAGUAGUAAAAAUGAUCUCCAAAAAGUAUGUCCCAGUGGAAAAUGUAGAUACCCAUCCAAAUCUUAAAGAUUCAGAACGUGCUAAUCCUAUCAAUGUUCAAUUCGAUGAUGGAGUUGGCCCUGAGCUCCCAGUACUGUAUGAAAAUGAUAAAGGAUUGGAACAUGGCUGUAUGCUUGAAAGUGUUUCCAAAGUUAGUAGUAGAUCUGUUACCAACGGCCCCUUCUCAAAAGGUUCAACUUUGAUGAAGCCUACAGCAAGUCAAUUGGCCAAGCAAAACCAACCACGUGUGAACAAUGCCCGCCGGUAUCGAAAACCAGCAGCAGUCAAAAGUAACAGAAAUUUGGAAGAUUCAAGCAGUUAUCUGCAUCAAUCUGCCAAAAGGCAAAGACUAGAGAGAGGUCAUCUAUGCAAGAUACAUAGUGCAAGGACACAACUUGAUUUGGUUCACAAAGUUCCACAAAAGAAAAUUGGGCCUACUGAUUGCAGUACCAGGCUUCCAAGGUUGAAACUCACAAUUCCAAAGGAACCUGAGCUGGAAACUGCAAGAAGGGCUCUCAAGUUUAGGGCUCAAAGGUCCAGCAAUGCUAAACAUUUACAAGAAGGGAUGGUGCCAGCCGCAUAUACAUUCAAAGCACGCCCUUUAAACCGAAAAAUUCUUGAGGCUCCUUCACUGCUCCUCACUCAGAAGAGCACUCCACGGAUACCCAGUUUUAAAGAGUUCAACUUAAGAACCCGUGACAGAGCUAUUCAACAUUGCUCGGCUACGACAUCAUCACUGGGUGAUGUGACAGAAUCCAAAAGGUCAGAGCAUCAGAAUUCUUGUCCUUCAAAGCUACUAAAUGAUGAUAAGAAUGCGGAGGACAGCAGAAACAUGCAUUCCAUGGUCAAUGCUCGACCCUUGAAUAACAAGGAAUUCAACUUCUCAACUACCAAAAGAUGUCAGCAGCCUCCAUUGACAGAACUUUUCAACAAGCUCUCUUUAGCCUCGGAUGGACAGCAGUCUACUGCUUCCCAGACAAGGCUUCCACUGCCCACUCAUUUGGCUGCCAAGGAAUCGAAAGAGAAUUUGAUAACUCCCGUACAAGAGUGAAAACGAGGAUUCAUGCAGACAAGUGAAAAUUGCAAAAACUUGGACAAUGCAGAUUACAUUUGAAUAUGACAAUUUGAGUUGGGACUUCAAAUCAUAGUCAUAUGUGUUCAGGGUCAUAUUUUUGUGUUGAUUGGACAGAAGUUUAUUUCUGAAUGGUACAGUAUUUUUUUUUUUUUUUUUUUUGUUUUGCCAUCUUACAUGAUGAUGGAGUGGCAAUAGUUGAUAUGGAGGCGGCCAUUGAAUAGAUCUUAGGCCAUUUCUGACAGUUCUUUAUAUAAAUAGAGGGAUGGCUGCGUGGAAGUGAAAAUUACAGUUCUUCCAGCAAUCAUAGGUGCUGGAAAUUCUGAGAGGCACUUGUUACUCUGAAGCUGAGCUGUGAGCAAUUAAUGGCUCAAUAAAAAUGACAAUCAGAAUUGUACAGUCUUACAUCUUUAAGCAUAAGAUAUUGUUUUGUUAAAUAAAAAUAACUGUGCAUAGAUCAUACAACAAAGCAUUUCUUGUUACA